AUGUCUAUUUCAACGUACUCCAUUCAAGUUUACAAUGAUAGUGGAAUUCCUCAGAACUACCUUCUUUUCCAGUCUGCUCCUCAGCUUUCUGGCGAUGGAACGGUUUUUACAAACGUAUUUCAACAGUCCCAACAAAUUCCGUCUGGCGAUAAUUCAAAUGUCAUCUUCAAUAUGACCAACCAAUACUAUGCCGUCAUUGGUACUGCUCCAACACCAAUUGACGAUGGAGUCAAGGUCAACACCAGUUCAUAUAUCCCAGUACAGCUCUCUAGUUCCUCUCAAGGUGGGACUAAAGCUAUUAUGACAACCUCCGGGGGAGGCACCGGCUGCUCAUUCGACGAUGCGAGUCAAACGCUCGAGUCGGAUAUCGAAAACACUUUUGAAAUCGAGACAAACGAUUCAUUUAGUUAUCCCUCGCCCGGUAAUAUUUUCCUCGGCAUGGGAGCAGAUUCUCCUUCUGGCGUUGUGCCUGUGGCAACCGUGACUGCGGCACCAAACCAGAAGUACUACUUUAACCCUGUUGCGAGAUGGUACAUCGGUACUGGCACCUACACACCUGGUACAGUCGUCAACAUCACGGACAUUGGUAAUAUCCAGGAAUGCGACUUCACUCAAAACCAACUCCCGCAAACUUAUUAUCAAGGCCCAGACCAGCUAUACCACCCGGGCACGCCCCCCUCCUAG